UGCUAGUGUAUCAUGAGGGGUGCAUUUGUCAAAUUGAUUGAUAGCGGGGGCGCUAGAUCGCGCAGAAGACCACAGUGGUCAAGUGAAUACUUUUUUCCGUCACUUGCAGUGCUUCUGGUUAGUACUUGCAGUGCUGCUGACAAGAUACUCUGAACAUAUUGAAGAAUAUUUAGGACCAUCAGUUCUCUAUGAAAUAACCAGUACUGGUGAAAACUAAAGACAGCAAAGUGCGCACUUGGAAGGAAUCUGGCAGAUAUAAACAAUUCAUAUUUUAGAAGGGUGGUGCUGGGUGGUCGCGAGCUAAAUUUACGGUUAUAACGUGCUACUGUAGCUACCUGGCUGUUGCUACUUAGUUGGCAGCUGUGGCCUUGUAGUUUAAGCUAGCUAACCGAGUAGCAAAAGUUCGCAAGUCCAGUAGCUAUCUUGGUUGCACAAAUGUGAGCCUGCAUUAUAAAUGGAGCUGGAUAAUGAACUUAAGAAAUUCAUCCAGCAACAGAAGGCCAGAGUAGCAGAGGAUACAAAAUCCACCUUACCUGGAAAUAAGGGUGGAAUGAUUCACUUGGACAUGGGUGAAAUGCAUGCUACUUUGUGUUUGGUGACAGCUGAGCAAAUUAUUGCAAUUUUCUGACCUGUGGCUGGAUCAACAGACAAAAGAUCACAAGACCUAUGACCACACACUCAAGGAAAAUAUCCCUCCAUUUAAGUCGUUCACGGCACAAGGGAAAGGAGCAGAUUGCCUUUCUCAGAGCUCCUCCAGACCUCCCUGAUGUUCACUGCAGCCCCAGACCCCCGGUGCACCCUAAGAGGGUCCCCUCUAGGAGAGAGACAGCCACGCUGAAUGAAGGCAAGAGGGGGCUGCACAGGGGAGGACACUUCCUGGUGGAGGGCAGUGGGAAGGAGGGCCUGAGGCCUGAGGAUGAGCUGCUCCUUCCUAGAGAGAAGGCCAGGCUGGUGAGAGUGGACUAUGACUCUGAGGAGGACCUCACAGAGGAAGAUCUGGAUCUUAUGGAGAGGAGGAGGCUCAGACAGACUGGGUCUGAGAGAGGAGAAGAGAGGAGGCGGCUAAGAAGACACUACAAAACGGACUUCAGGGACAUAUCAAGGCUCAGGGACAGGAGAGUUGAGCUGCCUGACGACUACACAGAGACGCGUCAUUAUGCAGACAGGAAGGAGACUAACGGGUCUGUUGUUCCCGAUGAGGAUUACUUAGAGGCAAGCUGGGGGACAUCAUCUCUAACCCCCAAAGCCAAGCUGCAGGUACCAGCAGGGAUGAAACCCAAUGGAAGAUCCAGAACCUCUACCAAGAAGGACGAGCCCGAAUUUGCUACCGGACUAAUGAUUGGGGCUGCAGAUGCAGAUGCUGCCUUGCAGAGAAGGAAGGAGAGGUACAGGCAGGAGCUGCAGGAGCAGAUAGCUGAACAGCAGAGGAAUAAGAAAAGAGAGAAGGAUUUGGAGCUCAGAGUUGCUGUGACAAGGUCGACUGACCCGGAGAAACAGGCAGAUUGGAUCAAACCGCUUGGGGCAGUGAAUGGUGGCGACCAUGCCAGAAAGAGAAAUGACAGCUUGUACCCACUAGGCCAAGGUGUGGACGUACCAGGUGAUGAGUUAAAUGGGAGACCCAGUGAGGAGAGCCGAGAGAGGCUUCCCCCUGAGCAGCCCCGCGUGGCCUUCCAGUCCCCCCUGCUGGAGUACAGCCACACCCUGGGCCUCAGCAGUAGAGGCAUCUCCCCUUACAGCCAGGCCAUUCACAGGAACAUGGACACCCCCAGGAUUCCAGGUUUCCUUCCUCAUCCACCAUCCACAUUGGCAGAUGCACAUAGAAGUCCCUAUGACAAGGUCUACCUCUACCAUGGAGCAAGGAAUCCACUGGACCCUAACCCGGCCAACUAUGGUCAGAUCCUGCUGACAGGAGGAGGGCAGCCUGUGUCCUACCUGAGCCUCCCUCCUGCAGGGCCUCACCCCAGCCAGACACAGCACAGCCCUCCUAGUCAGCACAGUGGGAGCAGCCAUCCAGAGCCCCCUCCACACAGACCUGCCAGUGACGCUGCUAUCAUGGGUUCAGGGAUUGGAGGAUUCCCCGCCGAGCAGAUCAAGCCAUCUAAACAGUGUGUGUUAAGUUACAAGGAGGCACUGAGACAACAGGGAGACACCAGGAAAGGGAGCAGUCAGCUUUUUUGCCAGAUCCAGGAUAGACAGGAGCGGCGGAGGCUGGACAGGGAGGAGAGGGAUCGGUACGAGGCCAAGCUGGAGGCCGACAUGAAGAACCACGACCCCUGGGGGAGAGGGGGAGGAGGAGCACCCCUCAGAGACAGCAGGGGCAACCUCAUCACCGAUCUGCACCAGAUGCACAAGCAUAAUGAGGAGGCCUACAUCAACCCUGAGACAUGGCAGAAGAUGGCGACAGCCACCAUGACAGUACUCCGAGAGGAGGACACCAGACCUCCCUCCACCCACAGAGUCUCAGGUUUUGUUCAGGCUCCUUUGUUUGCCAGAGGCAGUGUUUUUGGUAACCGGCCCACACCACAGCAAGUCCACGAACAGGACAAGCACAAGGCUUACCUCAAACAACAGAUUGAAGAGAAGCGGAAGAAGGAGGCGGAGGAGCGAGAGAGCCAGAGGCUGGAGGAGGCGAAGGAGGAGAAGAGGCUGUUUGAGCAGAGGGAGCGCAUCCAGAGAGAGUAUGAAGAAGAACAGGACAGGAAGAAGCGCAAGGAGAUGGAGCAAAAAGCCAAGAAUGAGCAGCUGAUCCGUCUGGCUGAGGAGCGAAAGAAAGAGGUGGAGAGGAAGAAGAAAGAGGCAGAGGAGAAGGAGAACUCUGCCCUGAGGAAGCAGUAUGAGAAGGAGAGACAAGCACGUCUAGAAGAGGUACCAAGGGAGCCGUCUCCCCCCAUCCCCACCCUCCGGAAGAGGUAUCAGGCUCCCCAGUACACCCCCAGACCUCCGUCCAUGGACAGCCGUCGCUCUACUGCCGUCUCCCUGUCUGAGCAUUCUCUAUCAGGGCUCCAGUCCCCUCCAGUCCCAGCCCGCUGGAACCAGCUGCGAGCUGCCGAAGACCAGCGGGGUGUGAUCAGUGAACUGUCGGUGCUGCGCAGACAGCUGCGUAGCGAGCAGAAACGCCUGGAGGUCCAGCUACUGCAGUCAGAGUGGGAGGAGCUGGGCUCACCUAUGAGUGAUAGGCUCAGGGACAGGCCCCAGGUGGAUGUGUUUGACAUGGCCAGACUGCGGCUGCAGGCCCCUGUCAGGAGACCCUCCUCCAGGAACACAGAGCCCAACUACCUGCAUAGGAUCCAUGACUCGCUACAGCUCCAAUACAGAGAUGUUGAUUCCAGAAAGGAGGAAGGUCAUGGUUACUGUGAGCCCCCUAGGGACCGAGCUGGACAGAGGGUGGACAUCCAGAGACGGGCUGGUUACAGGGUGCAGCAGCGCAGGAUCAACAGCCUGAGAGAACCUGUUGACGAUUGUUUUGACCUGGCACCACCCCAGCAACAAGACCAUUAUUUGAGGAAUGCAGUGGGGGAUCCUAUGAGAGGUUGCCUGUUGGAGUCUGACAGUGCUUUCAUUGAUCCCAUGAGGGAAACCUUUCCAGUGCCCCCCACACCUGAGCAGAAGCCCCAGCUCUCAGCCAGGGAGAGGAGGCGGCUGGCCAAGAGGGCAGACCUGCACAAUGAGCGGGUGUGCGCCAGAGAGCCUGUGGACCAGCCAGAGAACUACUCCCACCAGUCAGAGACCAGUCUCAACACUGAGCAGCAUGGCAGAGGGCAUAACCACCAAAGGACCAAGAGGCUGCCGGCUAUGAGCCGCAGAACAGCAGACCUGUCUAGCGAUGAAGAUGCGUCUCCGCAGGUUUUCCCUCGUGCCCCAGAACCCCGGGGCUCAGUGGAUAUGGUUGCCAUGGAGCCCUGGAUCAGACCAGGCACCUCAGAGACUCUGAAGCGCUUAAUGACCGGUCAGACCCCCCGAGGGGAGAGGCUGACCAGCAGAGAGUCUGCCGUCCAGGACUGGGAAACCCCAUCUACCCAUCAUAGCUAACCUUACACACCCCCCAAACAUUUUUGUGCAGACACUCAGUUGUAUUGCAACUGUUGUCAAACGCUUUGUACAUCAGCUGUACAACCGAGUGUUUAGGGGGCCUACGUUUAUACACUGUCAUCACUUGGCUUGAUGCAUCUACGUCAGUGGUCAUGAAGACACAGUAUCUCCUCAACACAGAAGGCUCAUCUGCUUUAGCUUCUAGAUUGAUGUUGACUAACUUAGCCCUUUGCUUUUGUAUCAUGGUCUACCUCUGAAAAUGCCUCUUGUUAAUUUGCAAUGCAGAAUUAAGCUUCUUGUGAAAAAUGCAUAGAUUGUACCUUCAUGAAAAAUAUGCAGAUUGUCUGAGAAUGGUAGGCAACUCCAUUACUAUAAGGACAGUGUGUGCAGGCAUUUUCUCCAGUCAAGCACUAUUGAAGUCUAUUAGUUAGAUCAGUUAAGCCCGCCUGUUGCCAUCCUCUGAAAGGCGUAUUAGAAAGUGAUCUAGGGUUGCCUUAGCCUGAUGUCCUGAACUGUUCCAAAGACUAAUAUUUAUUCAUUGUAUAAUAAUGGCACUACCUUUAAUGUAACUUGUGUUAAUGGCAUGUUUUAAAAUAUGUGAAAAUGUGACCUCAUUUUCAACCUAAUUAAAUUAUUUUAGAUAAAGUUUUGUUUAAAUUUGCAUUCAGGAAAAUAGGGUCUCUUAUAACAUAGCAUAGUGAUGUACCUGAAUCGUCUGUCAACAAAGUUACUUCUAGUGCAUAUCAGUGCAGAGUUAAACCUUUGUACAUUCUCAUUAGUCAGAGUUGAUCUAACAAAAAUGAAUGUAUAGCUCGUUCUCCAAUGUAACUGACACUCAAGACACUUUAACCCAAACAUUAUCCUCAAAUGUGCAUCUUGAUUUCACAGGUGGCUAAGUGGAGAGCGGCUCAUAAAACACCUGUAAACCAUG